CAUUCUGGAAAGGCGGAUAUUAAAAAGGAUUGUCGCAGAGAAUCGAAGGUUUCAUGGGGUAUAUUAUAUAGUUUAUAUGUUAUACAAUUAUCCAUAAAAACCCAAGGUAAUGGCUCAGUAAUUGAAAUACUGUUUUCGUUUUUUGCUUCAGUCGCGUUAAGGAAGCUGAAGGCCGGAGACUUGGAACAGGAAGAUCAAAACUUAAAAUGCUACCUGAAGUGCUUGAUGAUGAGGCACGGUAUCUUAGACAACAAUGCGGAAGUGGACGUGCAAAGGGCGCUUCGGCAUUUGCCACGACGCAUGCAGGACUCAUCCAAGAUAUUGUUGGACAAGUGUAAAUCUGUUCGUGACCUAAUUCAUAAUCCAUCGAGCGCAAUCAGUACGAUCGGAACAUUAAACUGCUCAUUUCUAGAGGGGACCGAUCCUUGUGACAAAGCCUACAACAUGGUUAAAUGUUACGUAGGGCAUCAUCCAGAGGUAAGUCUUGAUCUCGAUUCGUUCGGCAUCUUCGUUCAACUAAGACGAACUCUAUUCCUUAUUCGCGUUGCAGAUUUUGCAGAACGUCCAUUUCUUGUAGAGCUCUCGUUGCAGACACUCAGCUACAGGGAGAAUACGUUCAAGUAUUCAAGAAGAGAAGACAAUAUUGCUUCCGCUUUCGUGUAA